AUGAGAGCUUCACUUAUGAUGAUACCGUUCCAACCAACCGCACAACGAUGCGCCUCUUCAUCGGCGGCGUCAUCGAGGUGGAAGAGCAGGCAGGGUCGAGAUCCGUAUGCGCGGGAGGCUAAGGUCCAGGGUCUUAAGAGCCGCGCAGCAUUCAAGCUCCUCGAGAUGGAUGCAAAGUAUAGGCUUUUCAAGAAGGGAAUGAUUGUAGUCGAUUUGGGAUUCGCACCAGGAAGUUGGUCCCAAGUCGCCCAGGACCGCACAAAACCCCACAACCACGUCCUCGGCAUCGACAUCCUCCCCGCCCAACCUCCCCGCGGCGUCUCCUCCAUCCAAGGCAACUUCCUCUCCCCCGCAGUGCAAGCCCUCGUCAAAGAGUCCGUCCGGGAGGCCUACCUUCGGCGCGAGGCUGCUCUAAAGCGCGAGGCCGAGGAGAAGAAGAAGGAAGCGGAGUUCGCUCAGGCCGAGGGAGAGGCGAACAUUGCGUCGGAGGAGGAGAGGAGGGAAGCCUUGGCUGAGGAGCGGAGUUAUCUCGAUAUGGAGAGGCUUGAGAUGAGGAAUAUUAAGGACGAAGGAGAGGCCGAGAACGACCGCGUUAUCGUCCUGAGCGACAUGUCAGCACCCUGGCUCUUCCCCACAGACUUUCGCAGGAGCGGAAUGAAUAAUGCGUACCUUAGGAUGAUGAAUACGAGCGGCAUCUCGUUUCGCGAUCACGCCGGCAGCAUGGAUCUUUGUAGCGCCGCCCUCCGCUUCGCGAGCGACACGCUGAAGAACGGCGGGCACUUUGUCUGCAAGUUCUACCAAGGCUCGGAAGACAAGGAAUUCGAGAAGCGGCUCAAGAAGCUUUUCGACAAGGUGUACCGGGAGAAGCCCGAUUCUUCUCGCAAGGAAUCGAGAGAAGCAUAUUUUGUAGCAUUACGCCGGAAGAAAAAUGUCGUAGACGAACAGACCACACCCCAAGAUAAUAAAUAA